AACAGUCCUGCUUUGUUGCUAAUCCCUUUGUUGUCUUCCCUGCUCUGUCAUGUCUCUGAUUGAAGAGCAAGAAAAAGCCUUACAGGCCAAACUAAGUUCUUUAGAUGGUCCCGAUUGGGAUAGCGAGGAUGAUGACGGGCUUCAGAAAUCAGCAGAAGAAGAUGCUGCGUUAGCGAAAACGAAAAAGGGCAAAGCCGCCGGUAAACACGGCAAGAAGGGUCGGAACAAGCCUGGAACAGUCUUGUACCUGGGUCAUCUACCUCCCAACUUUGAGGAACAAGAAAUUUGGAAGUUCUUACAGCAAUUCGGCAAGGUCCUGCACGUACGUUUGGCGCGUUCGAAAAAGACUGGCGGUGGGAAAGGAUACGGGUUUGUGGAAAUGCAACGUCCGGACGUGGCCAACAUUGUGGCCGAUACACUCUCGGGAUACAUCUUGUUCGGCCAAAAACGUUUGGUUUGCCACGUGAUUCCUCCCGAAAAAGUUCAUCGUCGACUGUUCUUUGCGCACGCACCAAGGGCCAAGAAGGAAGUUAGCCGGGUGUUGGCUUUGGAAAAAAUAAAGGAUAUUACGACACGGCUCAUUUCUCGGGAGCGCAAAAAGAGAGAAACACUGAAGGAAUUGGGUAUCGAUUACGAUUUUCCUGGCUAUGAGGCCUCGGCCAAUCAAGUUACAAGCAAGGAGGCAGAAAAAUUGGAUGCAAUGGCAGCAGAAAGGAACAAGAAUGCUCGCAAAGAGUCUGUUGAAUCGAUCGGAAGUGAAGGGGCGAAAAGUACGAAAACGAAUCGCGUGGACUCGGUUGCUUGUGAGAAUAGUGAAAGUGCCCAGCUCAAAAGGCGGAAGGAAUUAACGGAUGAUGUGGAUCGUUCGGGAUCCAAGUUCGCCAAGAAAACGCGCAAAGACUCGAUUGCAUCGGUUGAGAGCACGGGGUCGAAGACGAAAAAAGAUAGAAGGAGAAAGCAUUCGGAUGGAUCGGUGAAUGACGUAAACGUCGACAUCGUGUCACCACCCGAUAAAAGUCCGAAGCGAUCAACACGCAAUAAACCAGCCAAGGCAGUGGCUGAAGCGGACCCGAAAAAACUCGUAGUACAGUCGGAAAAGAAACCAAAGCAGAAAUUAAACAAGCGACGCCGAUCAACAUAUCAGGUAGCUCCAAUGAAAGCUCUCUCUUGCAUCGUGGUAACCCUCUUUGUCAUCGUUGUGGAUGCCACGUCCGGUCACCCUUCUUCGGCCUUUGGACGGCGAGGCACUCGGGCCAGUAGUAGUAACAGUUCUGCCGAAUCUCAUUGGUCGUCGACAGGAGUGCAGGGUUUGGGCCACGAUGAAAGCCGGUCGGAAAAAAUAAAGCAGGUCAAGAAGAAGACUGACAAGGGCCUAGGCAAGGAGCAAAGACACAACAAUUCCUCCCAAAGGAACCUCAUGCAAAAGGUUCCACAAGCAGGCAGCGUCUUCAGGAUGGACCCGCUAGAUCCCAACCUUGGCGUCAACUAGAGACACGCGCGUCGCAGGCGGAUCUUUUAACAUACGAUUCAAUAUUUUAUCAACUGAACAUUUCUCUCCGCCUAC